UUGCUCCCAGACAGUAAACUUUGACUUCUAAAAUGAUUCAGUUCAACUUUAUUCUGUGGGUUAUUCUUACUUACAAUUUGUCACAAGUAAAGUGUAGUGUUAUCCCUUUACUGGAGCAACUUAUAUCACAUCAAAAUGUGCCGUUACAAGUUGUUCUUCGAACUUGUUGGUCUUCGGAAGAAGAAGUGUACUUUCACAAAUUGUUUAGUGAAAACAGCCUGAUAAGCUUCGGAAGAGCAAUUGAUUCCCCUAGUCAAAGAUCGGUGAUCGUAACGGACACAGCUUGUCAAAAUGUAUCGUUUGUGUCAGAAAAAGAACGUUCAAAAAUUCAGUGGAUUUACUUCAACAGUAACUCUUCAUAGUUUUUGAACAUCCUUGCAUCGCAGAACAUAACCGUGGCAAGCAAAGUCCUAGCCGUGGUCAAGUCCGGCGAUGGCUACAAUAUCAAAAGUGUCUUUCGUUACACCGUUAACGGUCCGCUGAUCGAAGAGUUGAUCGGUAGCUGGCAGAACGAAACCCUCCAAAUGAUCACUCCAUCCCGAAACCUCAACUUGGGGGUGAUCCUCAAAGCCGCGAUCGUUUGCAACAGUUCGGCUGAUCAAAGCGCAACUUUGAUGAACGUUGAACUCACCAAACAGUUGGCCUUCCUUCUCAACGUCACGAUCAACUUCGUGUGCUUCAAGGCCUGGGAAGCCGCCCGUCAAGGGGAUGACGUGGACUUGAUCGCAACGCCAACAUACAUUACCACCGAACGACUCAAGCAGGUCCACUUCCUAGCCAUGACUGGACCGCUAGACUACAAGUUCAUAUUCCGGUCACCGAAGCUGUCCUAUACUCAUAACGUCUUUGCAGUGGCCUUCCACUACCGCGUCUGGCUGUCGAUCCUGGGCCUUAUCCUGCUGGCAACGGUUAUCCAGGUGGUCAUAAUACGCGUUGAUCGCGCAGUGGUCCACACCGACAACCCACGUGACCGAAGCUUCGCCGGAGUUUUGCUCAGCAUGAUCAGUCUCGCCAGCCAGCAGGAGGUACUGAUCGCGUCGCGAACGAUCUCUUCCAGAACGCUCAGCGUGGUGAUGUUGUUCAGCCUGAUGUUCCUGUACAUUAGCUUUUCCGCUAACAUCGUGGGCUUGAUACAGUCCCCGUCGCGGACGAUUCGUACUCUGGGGGAUUUGCGUGCAUCUGGAAUGGAACUGACCGUACAGGACGAUCGUAUCAACAGGAUCUUCAUCGGGAACCAAACCAACGAGCACGGCUUCGUACCCUUGCCGGAAGGUGCUGAUCGAAUUCGUGCGGGUCUGUACGCCUUUCAUGGCGAUACCAACCUGAUCUACCGCUACAUGAUCGAUCACUACAAGGAGGAGGAAAAGUGUAACUUGCAAGCGAUCAAUCAGUUAAUCCCGCUCAACGGAUACUACUCAAUAUCGAAGAACUCCCCGUACGUAGAGCACAUCAAAGUCGGCUUGUUGGCGCUACGGGAGAGGGGCUUUCAAGCGCGCGAAACGGAAGCCCAUUACACCGGGAAGCCGCCCUGCCUGGGCGAUAGCGUUUUUGAUCCGAUCGCCAUGGUGGACGCCCUGUUUGCGAUGCAGCUGAUGGGUUGGGUGACGGGCCUGGCACCGGUCAUUCUGGGGUUCGAGCUGGCCGAGAAGCGGUACGGUGGCGUUUGGCGCGGGGCUUUGGGGAAGCGAUUGAGGAGUUUUUCGAGAAGAAGUUGAACUUUUCGAACAUCAUUCUAAUCAUUAUUAUAAAAAAUGGAAGUUAUGUUUAA